ACUCAAUUUGUCGAAAAUUUUGUCUUGUUGUAUUUCUUCAUUAAAUUUUUUUCGCCCUUUUUCUGUCGAAACCCAAUUUGAAACCUGAAGCAUUGUUUUUUUUUUCUUCGAUUCCCAGAGACUAAAAUUCUGAAGCAGCAACAAUAACCAGAUCAAACUUCCCCAUUUAUUCAACCGAAAACCCUAAUUUUUCUUCCCCAAAUAAUCUUUAAUUUCAUCACCCACUUCUACUGCACCCACCGACGACCAACAAAUAACGCGAUGAAGGGUUUAGAUUUUCUUGUUUGAGAAUUAUUGCUUCUAAUUUUGCAAUUUGGACUAAGAAACUCGACGAGAUUCUAGCGCGAUGGAAGGAGAACAGCUAUAGCUUUUUGGAGAGGAAUGCAUGGAUUUAGUUCUAGAUCUACUUUCCUCGUAAAUGCUGAGGUUGAUUCCAUGGGAGGAGUUGUUGACGGUGGAGUUGGUAUUGGCAACAAACCCUCUCCACGCCGAGCAGCAAUCGAGAAAGCACAGGCUGAGCUAAGACUGGAAUAUGAUGUUCGAGAGGAAAGGAGGAGAGAGCUUGAGUUUCUUGAAAAAGGUGGAAACCCUCUUGACUUCAAAUUUGGUCAUGCAGCAUCAGUGAGUGUCCAGUCUACCUCACACACGUAUCAACACCCAGAUCAGAUUUUGACUAGUGAAGCAAAAGGUAGUUUUGCUUUGACUGCCUCACCUCAUGGAGAUUCAGUUGAAAGUAGUGGGAGAUUGGGGAUUACUACAGCUUGUGAACCAAAUAGUGCUGAUAAUUUUGAUGGUGAAAACGAGAUGCUUGAAAGUGAAAGAAAGUCGAAACAUCCUACUAGAGGUAGCAUCACCCCUUCGGAGCAUUCUUCUCAGCUUGAUGGGAGUCAAAAUGUGAAGGAGUCUGAGGACUCCCCUAUCUUCCAUCCCAAAAAAGGCCAAGCGUAUAGGAGAAGGAACCGGUCUAGGACUAAUCGUGAUGGACCUCGAUCAAGUUCCAGUGACAUGGCAUCUCGGGGUGGACAUAAUUCUUCUGUUCCUGCUCGACAUGCAAUGCUUUCUAAACCUGUUGCAUCUGAGAAUCAGUUUGAAAUAGAGUCAGAUGGCACACAUGUUCUGCAUAAAUCUACAACUUCAAAAGCCAGUGAAAUUUCUGAAGGUAAGUUAAAUAUACCAACGUCGAAGGAAAAACGAGAAGAACUGCAAAAUCCAAUUGUAAAAGCUGAUAAAAUUUCAAUUGCUACAACCACUAUCGAACCUGAUUUAGGUGCAGGAAAGGAAAAUGUAGUUAUAGAUAUCCGAGGUCCUCCUUAUUCUGGUACAGAGAAGAAAGAAGAUAAUGUUUUGGAUGAAUCUGGUAAGAUCAAUGGGGUUACAUCAACUUCAAAUGAUGCUCUUAUUACCAAUGCUGUAGUUGUGACAAAGGGCUUAGAUUCUGAGUCUUCGUUCACCCAUACUAGCCUUAGUGUAGAUGGAAAUGGAAAGAUUGAAAGUGAUGUGUAUGCUAAAUUAAAUAAUGUAGAUAGUAAUGGCGCCCCUGAGGAGCACAAGCUACCACUCGGGGAGACUUCCAUCAAUGUAGAUGAUGAAAUGCUAAAUGAGGAGCUUGUUACUAGUCGGCUGGAAAGUGCUUCUUGUGUUAAGGAGAACCAGAAUUCCAUCACCUCCCAAGGGAAUGGUUUUGCUGAUAAAGAUCAAGAAGUUGACAGAGAUAGAUUUUCUUCUAGAGACAAGGCUGCAUGUCCGGCUAAAAAGGAGGAGCUAGCAGCACAUGAUCACAUUAAGACAAAAUCAGGUAAAGAGCACAGUGUGCUUGAUGAUUCUGUUUCUAAAGCAGAGAGUUCUUGUCCUGUGAGACCACUUUCCUCUGUGGGUCCUACUUCCUGUGAGGUUAAUGAGAACGAUUCAUCUGCUCCAUCUCCUGCUUCGAAGCCUGAAACUUCUAGCGGAAAUCAGCAGAAGCAGUUUGAUAAGGCACAUGAGGACAGGGUAUUAGAAGAAGCACGUAUUAUAGAGGCCAAACGUAAAAGAAUAGCGGAGUUAUCUGUUGGAUUGAUGCCAAGGGAGCACCGGCGUAAGUCUCACUGGGACUUUGUCCUUGAAGAGAUGGCUUGGUUAGCAAAUGAUUUUAUGCAGGAGCGUGUUUGGAAGAUAACAGCUGCUGCUCAAAUUUGUCAUCGUGUAGCCUUUGCUUCUCGAUUAAGGUUGGAGGAACAAAGUAAGUGCUGGAACCAGAAAGGUGUAGCUUACACCUUGGCGAAAGCCGUGAUGGAGUUUUGGCAUUCAGCAAGGUGUCAUGUCGAUAAUGUUGCCUGUUCGGGGCCCGAGAAUUGUAAGCGGAAUGCUUCAUCUGGGGCAGAUGAAACUAGGAUUGCAAAGGGUGAGGGUGGAGGUUUCGAUAAGGAUGAAGUUUCUGAAGUUAAGCUGCGGUCUACUGGACAUAUACAGGAUUUGGCUGUCUAUCGAUAUGCGGCUAGAUUCUUGCAAUAUAAUUGUUCUUCUCCACCUCUUGUUAAAGUUGAGGGUUCAGGGACUUCAGAUGUUGCCUGUGAUAAUGGCUCAACCGAAGUUUCGUGGCAUGACCAGCUUACAGAGGAAAAUCUCUUCUACGUGGUUCCUCCUGGUGCAAUGGAGAGUUACAGAAACUCAAUUGAAUCAUGUUUGGCAGAUUUUGAGAGGGCCAGCAACAAUUUACAGGAGGAAGUUGAUACAUCCAUGUAUGAUGCUGCAGCAGAAGUUGGAUAUCAAGAGAAUGACUAUGAAGAAGAUGAAGGAGAAAAUGUAUAUUAUCUACCUGGAGCAUUUGAUGCUGGGAGGCCAUCAAAAAAGAAACGUAAAAAUUUAAAAACUUAUACUGCAAGAUCAUAUGAGUUGGGAGGGGACUUUGGUUAUGGGCGCUGCCUGGAUAGCAGGAAUGGAACUCCGCAGUCUGCUUUAAUGGGUAAAAGGCUUGCCAACAAUCCUCAUGUUGGUUCUAUUCCCACAAAAAGGGUACGAACUGCCUCUAGGCAGAGAGUUGUUGGCCCGUUUGGUGCUGGAUCCGCUGGAGUUGCUCCAGUACCAAACAGAGCAGAUGCUUCUAGUGGAGACACUAAUUCUUUCCAGGAUGACCAGAGCACUCUGCAUGGUGGGUCUAUUGUCCCAAGAGGCUCAGAGGUUGACUCUGCAAUGGACUUUGAGAAGCAGUCUACAUUUGAUUCUGCAGAUAUUUCAGCAAAGCCUAAGAAGAAGAAGAAAAUUAAGCAUCAGGGUGCGGCAUACGCUGGAUGGCAGGUUGACUCUUCCAUGCAGAAUGAACAGAAGGAUCAUGUUAGAAAGAGAUUGGACACUCACCAGCUCGAAUCCAAUGGGAAUAGCUGUAUGUUUGCCCAACACGCUAAAAAGCCAAAGAUGUUGAAGCACUCGGAUAAUUCAUUUGAUAACACAAUGCCCAUGAGCGGAUCAGUUGCUUCACCAGUUGCUUCCCAAAUGAGUAACAUGUCCAGCCAGAAUAAAAUCAUUAAACUGAUUGGAGGUCGGGAUAGGAGUAGAAAGGCCAAAGCGCUUAAGAUGCCUGCUGUACAGCCUGGUUCAGGAAGCCCAUGGUCCUCAUUUGAAGAUCAGGCACUUAUUGUGCUUGUUCAUGAUAUGGGACCAAAUUGGGAGCUUGUAAGUGAUGCUAUCAACAGUACUUUACGAUUCAAGUGCAUAUUUCGGAAGCCUCAAGAGUGCAAGGAGCGGCACAAAAAUUUGAUGGACAGGACUCCUGGUGAUGGUGCUGAUAGUGCUGAAGAUUCUGGAUCUUCUCAACCUUAUCCUUCUACGUUACCUGGGAUACCUAAGGGCAGUGCAAGACAGUUGUUUCAGAAACUGCAGAGACCGAUGGAGGAGGAUACCAUCAAGUCCCAUUUUGAGAAGAUCAUUCUUAUAGGGCAGCAGUUGCAUUACCGAAAGAAACAGAAUGAUAAUCAAGAUCUGAAGCAAAUGGUGCCCGUUCAUGGUUCACAUGUUGGUGCACUUUCCCAAGUUAUUCCGAACAAUGUAAAUGGGGUGAUUUUGACGCCACUAGAUCUGUGUGACAUUGCUGCUUCCAACCAAGAUGUUUCUCUUGGGUUUCAAAGCCAGCAUGCUGGAGGGUUGUCCUUGCCAAGUCAGGGUGCUCCCUCAAUGCACCCUCCUGGUGGGCUCAAUUCUUCAAUCCAGGGUCUUCCUGGUUCUCCUAGCAUGGGUAUUGGUAACAAUUUGACAUCUCAGUCAUCUCAGUUCAGUAAUUCUCGGGAUGCUAGAUACCAAGUCCCUAGGUCGACAUCUUUGCCAAUCGAGGAGCAACAAAGACUCCAGCAGUACAAUCACAUGCUACCUGGAAGAAAUGUUCAGUCGCCAAACAUGUCUUCUGGGUCUCUUUCAGGAUCUGAUCGAGGUGUGCGUAUACUUCCUGGUGGGAACACCGUUGGCAUGGUGGCUGGAAUGAGCCGAAGUAUGCCAAUGUCAAGACCAGGACUUCAAGGAAUUCCUUCUUCGUCAAUGCUGAAUUCUGGAAGUAUGCUUUCUUCCAACAUGGGAGGGAUACCUAACAACAUGAAUAUGCACUCUGGAACAGCUUCUGGUCAAGGAAAUCUGUUUAGACCCCGUGAUGCGUUGCAUAUGGUGCGGCCUGGGCAGAAUUCAGACCAUCAGAGACAGAUGAUGUUGGCAGAAUCUAGUAGCCCAGGAGUCCCUCCUUUUGGUGCAAUGAGUUCAGGUUUCACAAAUCAGUCUGCUUCUCCACCUUUACAAACAUAUCUGGGCCACCACCAGUCACAUCCAAUAUCGCAGCAACAGUCUCAUGUGAUUGGUCCUCAUCAUCCGCAUCUCCCAGGAUCGAAUCACGCUGUGACUCCCGAGCAACAAGCCUUUCUUCGCCUUGCUAGAGACAGGCAGAUUCAGCAAAGAUUGUUGCAACGGCAGCAUCAACAGCAGCAGCUUCCUGCGUCUAGUGCACUGAUGACACAUGCUCAAACUCCUUCCCAGCUACCUGUAUCUUCUUCCGUGCAGAGUGCUUCCCAGCUUCAAUCACCAUCUUCUUCUCAACCUGUACCAGUACCCUCCCUGACUCCUUCAUCUCCAGUAACUCAUGCAUCUUCACAGUCAUCGCAGCAGCAAAAGCACCAGGUACCACCUCAAGGACUCGGACGAAAUGCACAAAGUUGUGCGAGUGGAUUAAUGAAUCAGGUUGGAAAACGUCAGCGAGCACAACAGCUUCAGCAACAAUAUCAGCAAUCUGGUAGGCAACAUCCCCAACAGCGCCAACAAUCACAGCCUCAGCAGCAAGCUAAAGUUUUGAAAGGAAUGGGAAGAGGUAACAUGCUGAUGCAUCAGAAUGUUCCCAUAGAUUCAGCUCAUCUUAAUGGCCUUACUAGUAACCCUGGUAAUCAAGUUUCUGAGAAAGGGGAGCAGGCUGUGCAGUUGAUACAACCACAGGGCUCAUAUUCGGGGUCCGGUCUUAGUACAAAGCAACCAUCAAAACCUCUGACCACACCGCAUACUUCAAAUCAUUUACAACAGAAACCAUAUGCAAAUACAGUUUCGGCAACACCAAAGCAAGUCCAGCAGAUAUCUUCUCACUUAGAUGGUAGCAAUCAGGGCCAGGUUCCAGCAGUUUCUUCUAGUUCCGCAUCACCAGGCACAACCCAAGGUCUUCCAUCAACAGUAAUGGCUUCGCUUAACAAACAGUUGCAAGCACAGUCACAGAUUCCUCUUAAGGCUAAUCAAUCUCAGCCUGCUCUUCAGAGGGCUAUCCAGCAAAAUCGGCAAGUGAAUUCUGAUCCAUUAACCAAGUUACAACCUGAUCAUGGCCCAGUGGAGCAGCAGCUUGCAAAUAGUACUAAUUUAAAUGCUGGGGUUCAGCCAGAAUGUGUUGAUUCUACAACUGCCUUACCUCUUUCAUCGUCUUCAAGCACCGCUGUGCGUAAGCAAGCUCAGGAUUCUCUAUGUGAUCCAACUAUGUCUAAUACACCCACUCCGUCUGUUCCGAUGAGUAGUCCACCUCUUACAAACUCGUCAGGGAAUGAGACAUUACCAUCUGUUAAUGAUGGUCUGGGGCAGAAACAGUUAUCAGGUAAUACGGCAGCUCAUGGACAUGGGGUGCAAUUCCAGCACCAGCAAUCACAGGUACAACAUCCUUCAUCACUUCAACCCCUAUUGCCGCAAAAGCCGUCACUCCAGCUGCAGCAACGUGAAAAAUCUCCCCAGAGAGUGCCACAACCACAAACUCAGACACAGAUUCAAGCUGGGCAUAGUAGUGUGCUCGCAAGGACCCCUAAUUCUAGAUUGGAAUGAGCACUGCUAUCGAUUGAGAUCAAGUCUCGGCACGCUUGUUCCUGCCAUGAUAUAGUCGGCAUGCCCUUCAAACAGCAAUGUACAGAUGAAGCUGUUAAUUUUGCAAGGGCAGUACAAGAAAAGGUAAAUGGGAUGAUGAUUGUAACUUCCAGGUUACUGACUUGACAAGUUUAGGCAGGCUUUUUUUUGGGUUCAUAAUGUAUAUUACCACUGCUUAGAGCUUUAUGAAGAUAGAGACAUACAGAGGUAUGUGUACAGGAUCUCAUCUCUCUAUCUUGUUAACCACCUUUUUGUUUCUUUUCCUUUUCUCCUACCCAGAUUUGGGUUUCCUGCUCAUCAAUGUAGGGCCUUAUUCCUUUUAACCCCCCCAUAGAUAGUGCAUGUAUUAUUUUUAUUGGAGUUAAGGGGGAAGCUUCAUUGUUACAGGCAAAUGCCUUUGGAAAUUUUGUGAAUAUAGCCUCGUAGUGUAUAAGAUCCUAAAUCAUUGUCUUGAUCAUCUUUUGUGUUCUUGUUGGUAGUGUGACGUUUAAUGUAGAAAAUCCUUUGUUUUUGUAAAAGCUAAUUUUUGCAAAAGCUAUGAAAAUCUUAUGUUAAGCUU